AUGGGUUCCUACGCAGGUUUUGACAUAGUUCCGCGUCUAACCAAAGGGCUGGUAGACAAACACAAUUGGGAAAGACUCCUGAAAACCAUCACAGAGCGUUACCAAAAUGAUGAUCAAGUCGAAGUGAAGCCUAAUUACAUUGCAUUCAAGCCCGACCCAGACUUAUUGCUUCCGCUUGAAUGCCACAAGUUCCUUCGUUUUGGCGCAACGAUCCCGAAUGAGGACACCGGCGGAUUGAGGAACUAUAUCGAUACUGUUAGCCGGGUAGCCAGUUGCUGGUUCGGAUCGAGAGUGCGUGACUGGGAUGAGGGCGAAGGGGCAUUGGGCUACUAUGCUUUGGAUGAUGUGAAACUUUCAAUUAGAUCCUAUGAGAAGAUCGACGAACCGGAAGUGCCAACCACCUUAGCACAAUUUGUGCUCGGCACCGACCCAAUCCGCGAGCUGAACUUGCCACUGUAUGAAAUGAAGCCUGUGCCAGGAAAGGGACAAGGCCUCGUAGCGCGUUUCAACGUCGCGAAAGGCCAAUUGAUUAUUUCAGAGAAGCCAUUUUUCACAACGCCGAAUGCUACAAGCACAGCCAUAAUAGAAAAGCGAGCAGUUGUUGUGGGUAGCUACAAGUGA